AUGGCGUUUGUUUCAGCACAAGGGCCUACAGUGGUGGACCAAACCACUUUGAUGAAAAAAUACCUUCAGUUUGUGGCUGCUCUUACAGAUGUCAAUACACCUGAUGAAACCAAACUGAAAAUGAUGCAAGAAGUCAGUGAGAAUUUUGAGAAUGUGACAUCAUCCCCUCAAUAUUCUACGUUCCUGGAACACAUCAUCCCUAGGUUUCUCACCUUUCUACAGGAUGGAGAAGUUCAGUUUUUGCAGGAGAAGCCAGCACAGCAACUCCGAAAGCUAGUGCUUGAAAUAAUUCACAGAAUACCAACAAAUGAACAUCUUCGUCUUCAUACCAAAAAUAUCCUGUCUGUGAUGUUUAGAUUUCUAGAGACAGAGAAUGAAGAAAAUGUACUGAUUUGCUUAAGAAUAAUUAUUGAGUUGCACAAACAGUUCCGACCAGCAAUCACUCAAGAAAUCCAUCACUUUUUGGACUUUGUGAAACAGAUUUAUAAGGAACUUCCAAAAGUAGUGAAUCGGUAUUUUGAGAAUCCUCAGGUGAUUCCAGAGAACACUGUUCCUACUCCUGAAAUGGUUGGCAUGAUUACAACAAUUGUGGUGAAAGUCAACCCUGAGCGAGAAGAUAGUGAAACGAGAACACAUUCUAUAAUUCCCAGAGGAUCUUUAUCUCUAAAGGUCUUGGCUGAGCUACCUAUUAUUGUUGUUCUUAUGUAUCAGCUCUACAAACUGAACAUUCAUAAUGUGGUAGCUGAAUUUGUGCCCUUGAUUAUGAACACUAUUAUAAUACAGGUUUCUGCUCAAGCAAGGCAACAUAAACUUUAUAACAAGGAAUUGUAUGCCGAUUUUAUCGCUGCUCAAAUUAAAACAUUGUCUUUUUUGGCUUACAUCAUAAGAAUUUACCAGGAAUUAGUGGCUAAAUAUUCUCAGCAAAUGGUUAAAGGAAUGUUGCAGUUGCUCUCCAAUUGUCCAGCCGAAACGGCACACCUCCGGAAGGAGCUUCUGAUUGCUGCUAAGCACAUCUUGACAACAGACUUGAGGAGCCAAUUUAUUCCAUGUAUGGACAAGCUAUUUGAUGAAUCUAUACUAAUUGGCUCUGGAUACACUGCCCGAGAGACACUGAGACCACUUGCGUAUAGUACACUGGCAGACCUAGUACAUCACGUCCGUCAGCAUUUACCACUCAAUGAUCUCUCCCUUGCUGUCCAGUUAUUUGCCAAGAACAUUGAUGAUGAGUCGUUGCCUAGCAGUAUCCAGACCAUGUCUUGCAAGCUUCUGCUAAAUUUGGUAGACUGUAUCCGGUCUAAGAGUGAACAGGAGAAUGGAAAUGGUAGAGAUAUUCUUAUGAGAAUGCUGGAGGUUUUUGUUCUGAAAUUUCACACUAUAGCACGAUACCAGCUUUCUGUAAUUUUUAAAAAGUGCAAGCCACAGUCUGAACUUGGGGCCGCUGAAGCCGCGUUACCUGGAGUACCGACAGCAGCAAAUGCAGCACCUGUUCCUGUUCCAUCUCCUGCCCCAGCCACUCCAGUGGCCCCUGCACCAGUACCUGUAUUUGAAAAACAAGGGGAGAAAGAAAAAGAAGAUAAACAGACAUUUCAGGUCACAGAUUGCCGAAGCUUAGUAAAAACUUUGGUCUGUGGUGUCAAGACAAUCACGUGGGGCAUAACAUCAUGCAAAGCUCCUGGUGAAGCACAAUUCAUUCCCAAUAAGCAGUUGCAACCUAAGGAGACUCAAAUCUAUAUAAAACUGGUAAAAUACGCAAUGCAAGCUUUAGAUAUUUAUCAGGUCCAAAUAGCAGGAAAUGGACAGACAUACGUUCGAGUAGCAAACUGUCAGACAGUCAGAAUGAAAGAGGAAAAGGAAGUUCUGGAGCAUUUUGCUGGUGUGUUCACAAUGAUGAACCCUUUAACUUUUAAAGAAAUCUUUCAAACUACUGUUCCUUACAUGGUGGAGAGAAUCUCAAAAAACUAUGCUCUUCAGGAACAAUAA